GAUCCGACAAGCCAUAAGUAACCGAAAAAAAAAAUUAAAAAUCCUGUCUUUUCUUUUUUUCCGCUUGGAUUUUGCGAUGGCGAAGAGGAUUCACCUGACGGAACUAGGCUGCAUCGCGUGCGAAGAACUCAGCGAGCUCGGUGCGGGCAAGGAAGGGUGGCUCGUGAACAGCCCAAACCUUCUUUGCGCACUCGAUUCCCACUCUAUAGCCUUAGCCAAUCGAUUUCUCAUCCUGAUUGUGAAUUGGGGUGAUCCUGAUGCGCCUCGCGUUAAGAUCAGACCCGAUCUAUCUCCGAUUGAGGCGGAAUCGAUAACGGCGAUCGAGUGGUUGGUAUUUGACGAUGUCAGAGUCGUCGUUGCAGGGACUUCCUGUGGAUAUCUCCUAGUUUACUCUAUUGCCGGUGAUCUGAUUCAUAAGCAGAUGGUACAUCCAAGCCGUAUCUUGAAACUAAGAGUGCGAGGAACUAAGAAAGAUUUGAUGCAAGAGACAUCCUCUGAGGAGAUUUGCGUUGUAUUGCCUGGUAUUAUUGCCCGCUUUGAUGGCUCUAACAUUCAGAGUAUGCUUCAGAAAUGGGUUCAAGAAAAAAAUUCAAACUUUUGGGACCAAAAUAAUAGAAAGGGAGAACCAGAAGAUAGUGGUAGUUUGUACCAAAGAUUACCGUAUCAGAUAUGGAGUGUCAACAAGAAUGGUGUGUGUGUUGAUGCUACUGUCACUGGCAUAAUGCCUCCUCCAUUACUGGAACAUCAGUCAAGUCAACGUUAUUAUUGUGCAGUGACCAUUGGAGAGGAUGCUGUAAUCUCAGCUUACAGGCUAUCUGAAGAUAGAGGUAGAUCACUUGUUGGAGCGCUUCUAUCAAAGGUUGUGCCUGCAGCUGCUUCAACCAUAGCUUCUUUUUCUAAACUGAUCUGGAGAAGUAAUGAUCAAUCACCAAAGCGAAAGCCAGAAGCCAAGACUCAGUCAUUUGCUCGAGCGUCGUCUUUGACAUGUAUAAAAGACUAUCCAAGAAAAGGUGAGAAGCUCACAUUAUCUCCAAGUGGGACAUUAGCUGCGAUAACAGAUUCUCUUGGUCGAAUACUUCUGCUAGACACGCAAGCUCUCGUGGUUGUCCGACUAUGGAAGGUUUGUUUUAACAUCCUAAAUACUUCUUCCAGUCUACUUUCUUUAAAAAAAUCAAAACAUUCUUUUCUAAAGGGUUAUCGUGACGCGAGCUGCGUGUUCAUGGAGAUGUUAGCCAAAAAAGAUAAAGGAAAAUCUGUAAUUCACACAGAGCCGGUGAAAAGCGAUUACUGUCUAUGCUUAGCCAUUCACGCGCCGCGCAAAGGCAUCAUCGAGGUGUGGCAGAUGAGAACGGGGCCGCGGCUUCUAACGAUUCAAUGUGCUAAAGGUAGCAAACUGUUGCAGCCUGCAUACAGGUUUGGAUCAAAUUCUUCAGCUUCUCCUUACAUUCCUCUUGAAGUCUUCUUACUCAAUGGAGAUUCCGGCCAACUCUCUAUGCUCAACCGAUCUCUAUCUUAAAUAUCUCUCUUAACGUUUACCAUUUUUAAUAGCUUUCUCCAUUUGUUCCUUUUUUCACAAACCUUUUGUGUAUAGCUAAGCCAAUUGUCUAACUGAGAUUAUAAGAGCAGUUGAUGGUUUCUAAUCAAGAGAUAUUCAGUGUAUAUGCUUAAUGUGUAGUCAGUGUAUAUGCUUUUCUUUUCUUUUUUAUCUUUUGAUAUAAAUUGUAUUUGAUCUUAUGAGGGAUUCUAACUACAGAUA